UGGCCCCACCCACAAUGGGCUAGGCCCUCCCAUUGUGAUUAAGAAAAUGUCCUUACAGGCUUGCCUAUAGCCUGGUCUUAAGGAGACCUUUUCUCAUUUGAGGCUCCCUGUCUGAUGACUCUAGCUGGUGUUGCUAUAAAGCUAGUCAUCACAGUCCCAAAGGGCAGCCUUUCCUGCUGUGUCGAGGUCUGUAGAACUCACAGCUGUGACCGUGAAGGAAGGAGAUGCUUGCAGACAUGAUGUGGGCCGCUGGGGCCGUCACAGCCUGAGAGCUAAAUAUCGCCCCUAGAAGUGAGCACAAGCUAAAGCAGGAUUCCCUGUAUGCUCCAUGUCUGUGUCUCUGGGAUUCUGUAUCUGGGUGAAGACAGAGACUGUGCUGUUUUGGGAGGUGGGAGUGACAGUCAUUCCUCAAUCCAUAUUUGUAGGGGAAAAGGCAGGUGUGGGCUGUCCCUAAGCCAAUGUGUUGGGGUGUGGUAUGUGACAAUGUUUCAGGCUCUAUGGGGAUUGGCAUUCCCAUAGUUCCAUGGGCCAAGAGUGCUGGCAACGUACUUCACUCUCCCAGACCAUGAGGUUUAGCCCAGAGUUUCCUCAGGGACUUGGAGACUUGAGUGACCGCUGUCAUUUCCCUGUUACUUUUUGGGUAAAGGCCUUCAAGAUUACCAGAACUGGCCUCCCCAGCCAAGUCCGGUGUUGAGAGUUUGCAGGGCUCUCUGCACCCUGGCCUAUGCCUGACCAGAAUGUCCCUGUGUGGGAGCAGGAGGGGAGAUAACCUACCCUUGAAUCUGCUUGUCCCCUGCUGCUUUGUCCUUAGAGCUUUGGGGACUGUGUCCAGUCGGUGGGCUGGCCUCCUCUCAGGAAUAUGCUUUGGCUACUGAUUGAAGAGUGUGGGAGAUAGUGGGGAUGGAGAGGCUCCCACAGAUAUUACCCUUUCCCUCUAGGCAGAUGUGGGGGACAGGCUUAUGUGGAAACAGCAGGAGCUUUGGAUGGGACACUUUAGCAGGCCCGGUGGCCCAGUGCAGGCAUUCCUUCUCUGGGCCUCAUUUGGGUAUGGAGAUGAGAGCGGGGGCCAUGCUCAGUGGAAAGAGAGUGAGGGCUGCUGUGAAGGCACUGAAACUGAGAGGAAGCCCAGCCCUGUGCUCUACUGCCCUGCGCGACCUUUAAGUCUGACCAAAAGAGUAUAUCAGUGGGUCCUCAUCCCUCUGCUACCUCCCGCCUGGACAUCCUGAGUCCAGGGAGCAGGAUCCAAGCCAGGCCCAAGAGUAGGAGGCUCCCCAGCAUGGAAAUAGUCUUGGGCACCACUAGACCCAAGGAGACAGACUAGCAGCCGGCAGGGCUCCGAGCUGCAGAAGUGAGGGUACCCAGGCAGGACAGCCUCACCCUCUAGAGGCCUAAGGUUGUGUUUCUGGGUCACCAUGUCCCAGGGUGCACGAUGCAGCGAUACUGGAUGCCAGGGGCUAGACAUGUGGUCCCCUCACCCCCUUCACACCGCACGGUCAUACGUGUAGAUAAGGCUGUGCCAGGAGGUGGUAAAAUGGUCUGGAGUGGCUGCUUUGGACCACUUUCAGUCCCAUCGCUGUACUGUGUGUGGGUAGCUAGGUUGACUUGCUUGCUGCCUACGGUGGAACCAACUGGCGGUGUGGGGCUGGGGAGUGGAGUCCCACCAUUCGGGGAGACACCAUGACCCUGAGCUAUUGGGAGCUACUCUGUCACCGAAAGUGGUGAGAAAGCUUCCAUGAGUCCUGUGCCUCAUUUCUCCUGGGGGACAGCAAGCCUCAUAUUCCCAACGGCACUGGGAUGAGGAGCCUCUGGGUGCCGUUGGGCAUGGGAUCAACUGGCAGUGAAAGAGUUAACAGCAGGAGCUGGCUCUUCCCUUGAAGAAAAACUCCCUGUAGAUGCCUGGCCUGCCUCCAGGGCCAAGCUGUGGAAGCUAAAAACUGGAAGUUCAGACCUGUGGCUGGAGCUGCGGAUCUGCCUUGGUAGCAGGCGGUAGAGGAGGGGAGCAGCCUGGCCACUGUGUCUGUCCCUCUGUCUAUCCAUAAACCCUGGCUGGCUGGCUUCCUGUUGCUCCUCUGUAACCUGCCUGCCCACCUAUCUGUAAGCCUGUCUAUUUUCCUUUUUACCCAGUUGUCUGUCCCGUGUGACUGUCUCUCUCUCUGGACCCACUCAUCUCUUCCAUCCGUCCAGUCACCUGAGUUCACCUGUGUAGUUUCUUCUCCACUCCCCUGGCAGUCGGUCUGUCCCUUCGUCUGUCCACUGCCCUGUGUACCCACCACCUCCCCUCUUUCUUCCCGGACCAUUGUACCAUGGCAUGGGGCCACAGAGCCACAAUCUGCCUGGUCCUGCUGGGCCUGGGUCUGGGCCUGGCCACCAUUGUGCUGGCUGUGGGCCUCUCUCAUCACCAUGCCUCCUGCGGUCCUGAGGCCUUCGCACAUGCAGCCGUGGCCGCUGACUCACAGAUCUGCUCUGACAUUGGACGAGCCAUUCUCCAGCAACAGGGCUCACCCGUGGACGCCACCAUCGCUGCCCUGAUCUGUACUGGUGUUACCAACCCCCAGAGCAUGGGCCUGGGUGGAGGGGUCAUCUUCACCAUCUACAAUGCAUCAACAGGGAAGGUGGAGGUCAUCAAUGCUCGGGAGACUGUGCCAGCCAGCCAUGUCCAGGGCUUGCUGGACCAGUGCAAAGACGCCCUGCCACUGGGCAAAGGGGCCCAGUGGAUUGGAGUUCCUGGGGAGCUCCGUGGCUAUGCUGAGGCCCACCGCCGACAUGGCCGCCUGCCCUGGGCUCAGCUUUUCCAGCCCACCAUUGCGCUGCUCCGAGAUGGUUUCCGCGUGCCCUCUGUCCUAAGCCAGUUCCUCAACAGCUUCCUGAGGCCCUUCCUGUAUUCAUCAACGCUGAGACAGCUCUUCUUCAACGGGACAGAAACCCUGAGAUCUCAGGACCCAUUCCCGUGGCCUGCACUGGCCAACACCCUGGAGACUGUGGCCACGGAGGGUCCGGAGGCCUUGUACACGGGGAGGCUAGGCCGAAUGCUGGUGGAGGACAUUGCCAAGGAAGGAAGCCAGCUGACGGUUCAGGACUUGGCUGCCUUCCAGCCGGAAGUGGUGGAGCCUCUGGAGCUGCCCCUGGGAAACUACACCCUGUACUCCCCACCACCGCCUGCAGGGGGUGCUGUUCUCAGCUUCAUUCUCAACGUGCUGAAAGGGUUCAACUUCACCGCAGAGAUGGUGGCCCGGCCUGAAGAGAAAGUGACUGUGUACCAUCGCCUUGUCGAGACACUCAAGUUCGCAGUAGGGCAGAGGUGGAGGCUGUGGGACCCUCACAGCCACCCAGGGAUACAAAACAACUCCCAGGACCUUCUCGGGGAGGCUCUAGCCCGUCACAUCCGUCAGCGGAUUGAUGGCCGCGGUGACCACCAGCCCAGCCACUACAACCUGUUCGGGGUCAGGGCCAACGGGAUGGGCACCUCUCACGUGUCAGUGCUGGGAGAAGACGGCAGUGCUGUGGCAGCCACCAGCACCAUCAACACGCCCUUUGGAGCGAUGGUGUACUCACCACGGACAGGGAUUCUCCUUAACAACGAGCUCCUGGACUUAUGCUGGAGACAUGAGCCCGGUUCCACGGCCACUCCUCCACCUGUCCCAGGUGAGCGGCCGCCAUCUUCCAUGGUGCCUUCCAUCUUGAUCAACAAAGCGGAGGGAUCAAAGCUGGUGAUUGGCGGGGCUGGCGGAGAGCUUAUUAUCUCUGCUGUUGCCCAGACCAUCAUGAACAAGCUGUGGCUUGGCUUUGACCUGACAGAAGCCAUUGCAGCCCCCAUCCUGCAUGUCGACAGCAAGGGCCGUGUGGAGUAUGAACCCAAGUUCAACCAGGAGGUGCAGAAGGGGCUGCAGGCCCGGGGCCAGAACGAGAGCAAGCGGUUGUUUUUCCUGAAUGCAGUCCAGGCUGUGCUUCAGGAAGGGCCCUGUGUCUAUGCAGCAUCUGAUCUGAGGAAGGCUGGAAGGGCGUCGGGGUACUAAGACAGCUUCGCCCAGAGUUGGGGUCUGGCCCACUGUGUGUCCCGUGUUCCACAUGCUGUUGGUCUGGGUAGCUCAGGACCUGGAUCCCUUUUGCUGUGAGAUCAACCGGGGACUGAAAGGGUGGGGAUCAGCUUGGCAGAUGAAUGACUGAAGACGGAAGGGUGAUUUGUCCCAGAACCCAUCCCAACACCUGCGGUCCUACGGUCCCGCCCUGGCUCUUCUAGCCUUCCCCUGGCCUCAAGUUCACUCUCUAAAUGGUGUACCCACCCAUCCAAGAUUAAAGAGGAUCACAGCGUGGAUUGAUUUAGUGGUUCCAAGCAAGUAAGGAACCGUCAGAUAGUGCCCAGACUCCUUCAGGCCUUCAUGAGUCACCAUCAGGGCUCAGAGAUGGGCCAGGCUUCAUAAAGCUCAAUGGACAGAGGUCAGCACCCAACCUCUUCGACUCUGCUCAAGCUACGAUAUCUUGGGAAGCUCCGAAGUGUUUCUGCCCCCCCACCCCCGGCUUGCCUGCCAGUGGGAAGGCAGGGACGUGGCUCGUACUUGUCCCCAGCUCUUGCAGCAUCCUAAUCCCCUUCAGGAAAAGGUUGGAUGAAGCAAACCUGGAGAGGCCUUACUCGGGUGUUAACACUCCACCUUCUUGAGCCCCGGGCUGACCUCUGAGAUGAACUGAUCCUCUGUGGCAUGGCACUGUCCCCAGGUUGCACACCCCUGACACAGUAGCGUCCCCUCAGGUGCCCCCGGAUGCACACACUGUCUCUGGAUGGGGCCUACGUCAUCCCUGGCUGAGAACUGCUGCGCCAGGUGGGUGGAAAACUACCGUAGAUGGCGUUGCGGGCCACCCAGUAAGGUGCCCAUCACGGACAGCUCCCUCUCGGGACCUGAGCACCUUGUACCACACUGACUCCUGGGAGCAUCAGGUACUUAUACGCCACCCCAAAUGUCUGAGGGCAUUGCUUUACUAAAUGCAGGAUGCAGCAACAACCUGCAUGUCUUAUUCAUCACUCUGGUUCAUCACUCUAGUUCAAUAAAUAAGAUCUCUUUUUGCUAGCACCUAGUUUUGAUUCCCAGCACCCACAUGAUGGUUAGUAACCAUCUAUAGCGCCAGUUUCCGGGUACCUGCUGGCCCUUUCUGACCUCCAGAGGCACCAAGGAUACAAGUAGUAUACAUACCUACAUGCAGGCAAAAGACUCCAACUUCAAAAAUUAAAAAAAAAAAAAUGAUGACUUCUAACUCUGAAAAUAAAGGUAAAU